GUAAUGAAACACGACAGCAACACUAAACUAAACACAAGAAAUUAAAAUCUUUUUUGUUCAACACAAAAAUUCACAGUGAAAGCCCCAAAAAAAACUCUGGCCCAAGAAGGAUAAAAGUUAUAUGUGACUGUGCGUGUGCGUCUGGGUGUUGGUGUGUGUGAGUGCUGCUGUAUUUGUGUGUAUGUGUGUGCGCGCGUGUCUGUGUGUGUAUGUGCAAAAGGAAUAGAGAAAGCAAAGCAUCCCGUAGGAGUGGCACACAUACAAAAGUGUUUGCAUAACUUAAGGCGCCCGCUACCCUUGCGCUUAUAUACAUACAUUCUAUGUACAUCUGUCAGUAUAUAAAGCCAAUAUAAUUUGAUUUGAGGCAAGUCCGAGCAACGAUACAAAAAGUAGCAGCACUCAAAAAUAGGACAAUUGCUAACUGGCUGGCGUUUCAUGCGAAAAACUUGUACAAAACAUCGCAAAUAACAUCACAAAAUUUGUAGUAAUAUGCUUUAAAGGCGUGGCAGUUGUCUGGAACUCGUCUCACUCACUGUCAAUGGAUCCACCCAGGACGGCUCAGUGCAUUGUUUGCAGCGCUGUUGUGGUUACACUGAUUCUAUUAUUUGGAUUCCUUGCCUAUUUUCUAUAUAUUUACGUUUACGGCUAUGCCGUGGACGAAUUUCGCAGCAAAUUCCUCUCGCUCUUGUAUAAUACGACUUUCGAAGCUAACGAAAUCGGUUCAGUGGAACCAAUGAUUGAGGACUCUGCUUAUUUCUUUGACGAUUGUAAAGAUAAGAAAUCUUAAGACAACUCAA